GCCUUUUUCCCCCCCAGAGUGGCAGCCAUCAAUGUGGAGGACCAACUCUUCGACAUGUUCAAGGACGACACGGACCACAAGGUCCACAUGGGGAGAUUUCUGGCCGCUCUCACAGACACAGGCUUGAGGAAGACGGACCCGCGCCUCCUCGAGCUGAGGAACAACCUGAUGGAGGUCCACACCAGCCUGGAGUACCCGGAGGACUCUUCCAUCAACUCCCUGCAGCUUGAAAAAGGACCAUUUAAGAGGUACUGGGAUGGUGAGAGGGUGGAGGAAGGGCCUUUUGUGGAAUAUAAGUGGUCCUGGGAUGGGCACUCUCCUCCAGGUUCUUGGGAGGAUUUAUGAAGUGGUGUCCCUGUGGGGUAGUUUCUGGCUGUUUACCUCUAAUGUGCUGACAGCUGAAGUGGGCCGACGCUUCUGCGACGCAGAGUGAGAACGGAUGAGUGCGUAUGCCCAUGGUAAUACCUUCCUGCAAGGGAACAUUUACAGACCUAAUUAUUUGCUUAUGUGCAUGUCUAUGUUUUUCUAUUGAUUCUUCCAAAGAAAGGCUUUAUCAGAUUUAAGUAUUUUUGGAAUUGCUGAUUUCAGUUUUGUUACCUUGUUGUCAGGCUUAGAAGUAUUGUCAUUCACCUACGGCCUUUGAGAAUAGUGGGGGACUCCACACCUCCGUCCCCUUGUCUUGUGCCUCUUAGCCAGCGGGAGUCUGUCAUAAUGGCUUUAUUAUGGGAAUGUUGGUGGCUGACGUAGGACGAAUCUAAUGUCUUUUUCAAACCCAAAUGCACAUUUGAACACCAUUAGAGAAAAUGUUUGUGAAUGUAAGAAGCACCUACUUGCCAAGUAAUUUAUAGAGGGUUCAAGCUUUCAAAUCUAAAUGGCAGUAGAUUUUUAAUUAUUGAUAUAUAAAACCACUGCAAGUGCAUUUAUUUCUUAUGAAAUGUAGAAGUGUAUUUAGUAUUUAUGAUGCGAAUGCUGUGCUUUAAAUGUGUUUUGAUAUAGAGAAACAUUUGUGCUUAAAUGUUUCAAAAAUACCUUUGGUCUCUUUUUCCAGUGACUGUUUUAUCUAUACUUGUUAGUAAAGUAUUUUAUCAGCUGUAUUUAGGGUGGAGUGUCAGAGCUUAGAAUAAAUAGAUAUCUUUUUAUACAUUUUGAUACCAAGAUUGUUUGGAGAAAAAAAUGAAUACCUGAUUUUUUUUUAGAUUGUGGGGUAACAAAACCUUUUAUUUCUGUUAGAACACUGCUCAUUUUUUUACUGCUAAUUUGCUAUAUAGUGAGACAUUGUGUCAUAUUCUUAAUGGCAGGAGACCUGUGUUGUAAAUUGGACAUUGUGCAUUCUUCAGGUGUUGAUUGAGGAGGGAAAGCAUAUGGAAGGUCAUUUGCAAGCAGAGGAUGUACUCAAAUAGAAUUUUGUGAGAUGUGUUUCUUCCAUGAAUGUUUUUGGUCAUGUUUUCUCAG